AGAAGUUACCGAAGGUAUCUCCACCCGAGGCCUCCUGGCGCGCAGGGGAGCGUGUCCUGAGCGGCGCUGGCAGGCGUCGGAGGCGGACGCCAUGGCCACAACCUUCCGGGCGAGCGGUAACCGCAGGGCGGCCGGGACUCGCUGGGAAGCAAAGCUGAGCCCUCCCCUUCCUUAGGAAGUUGUCGUCCCUGCCCGCAGGUCGGCGCGCCCACCCGUCCAGAGCAUCAGCAUAUCCGCUACAACCCGCUACAAGAUGAGUGGGUGCUGGUGUCAGCGCACCGCAUGAAGCGGCCCUGGCAGGGGCAGGUAGAACCCCCGCUUCUGACGACAGUACCCCGCCAUGACCCCCACAACCCUCUGUGUCCGGGGGCCACACGGGCCAAUGGAGAGGUGAAUCCCCGCUAUGAAGGCACUUUCCUGUUUGACAAUGACUUCCCAGCUCUGCAGCCUGAUGCCCCUAGUCCAGGACCCAGUGAUCACCCCCUUUUCCAAGCAGAGGCUGCUCGAGGAGUUUGUAAGGUUAUGUGCUUCCACCCCUGGUCGGAUGUGACACUGCCACUCAUGUCAGUCCCUGAGAUCCGAGCUGUCGUUGAUGCAUGGGCCUCAGUCACAGAGGAGCUGGGUGCCCAGUACCCUUGGGUGCAGAUCUUUGAAAACAAAGGAGCCAUGAUGGGCUGUUCCAACCCCCAUCCCCACUGCCAGGUGUGGGCCAGCAGUUUCCUGCCAGAUGUUGCCCAGCGUGAGGAGCGAUCUCAGCGGGCCUAUCAGAGUCAGCACGGAGAGCCCCUGCUAAUGGAGUACGGCCGCCAAGAGCUGCUCAGGAAGGACCGUCUGGUCCUAACCAGUGAGCACUGGUUAGUGCUGGUCCCCUUCUGGGCAGUGUGGCCCUUCCAGACACUACUGCUGCCCCGUCGGCAUGUGCGGCGGCUGCCUGAGCUGACCCCGGCUGAGCGUGACGAUCUAGCCUCCAUCAUGAAGAAGCUCUUGACCAAGUAUGACAACCUAUUUGAGACAUCCUUUCCCUACUCCAUGGGCUGGCACGGGGCUCCUAUCGGAUCAGAGGCUGGAGCCAACUGGGACCACUGGCAGCUACAUGCUCAUUAUUAUCCUCCACUCCUGCGCUCUGCCACAGUCCGGAAAUUCAUGGUUGGCUAUGAAAUGCUUGCCCAGGCCCAGAGGGACCUCACCCCUGAGCAGGCUGCAGAGAGACUAAGGGCGCUUCCUGAGGUUCAUUACCGCCUGGGGCAGAAGGACAGGGAGACAGCAGCCAUGGCCUGACCACACUGGCCACAGGGCCUUCUGCCUGAGGGAACUAGGGCCUAGGGUUUGGGCAGAUGUGGGAUCAAUAAAACUGUGCUUCUCAAACUUUAAUCACAUAUUCUAACACCA